CCUCCUCUCAGCGCUCCCCCGCUCCCCUCACACCUCCCCUCACAUCACGCACACCCCAACCCCCGCAACCCGCCCGCUGCGCGGCCAUGCGGGAGCGGAGCAACCGCCGCGGAGCCUGAGGGGGUCGGGGCGGCCGGGGCCUGCCCUGCGGAGCGGGAAGGGGCGCCGGGUAUGCGGGCGGUGGUAGCGGGCCGGGAGGUGGGAUGCUGUCGCGGAAGAAGACGCGUACGGAGCUCUCCAAGCCGGGCGAGGUGCAGGGCAAGUAUGUGAAGAAAGAGACCAGCCCUCUGCUUCGCAAUCUGAUGCCUUCAUUUAUCCGUCACGGUCCAACCAUUCCAAGGAGAACUGAUAUCUGUCCUCCUGACUCAACUUCUUCUGCCUAUGCUCCUGGUGGAGAUGGAAUUGUUUCCAGAAACCAGAGUUUCCUGCGAACUCCAGUGCAGAGGCCACCUCAUGAGAUAAUGAGACGUGAAAGCAACAGACUCUCUGCUCCUUCCUAUCUUGCCAGAAGUUUAGCUGAUGUCCCCAGAGAAUACGGCUCUUCCUCCCAGUCCUUUUUGACAGAAGCUAAUUCUGGUUUGGAAAAUGGAGAUGCUGGAGCCCGUUGUUACUAUUAUGAUCAUUUCUAUGAUGCCCAGAGGAGACGUCAGCUGAACGAUCGCCUGCAUGAGGACUACAGGUAUUAUGAACACAACAGUGAUAUCUUCCAGAGGAUGUCACAGAAUCAUGGGAGGCACACUUCAGGCAUCGGUAGAGUUGCUGCUACAUCUCUAGGAAACUUAACAAAUCAUAGUUCUGAAGAUUUACCUCUUCCUCCUGGCUGGUCAGUGGACUGGACUAUUAGAGGAAGGAAAUACUACAUAGAUCAUAACACUAACACAACUCACUGGAGCCAUCCACUGGAGCGUGAGGGGCUCCCUCCAGGAUGGGAGAGAGUGGAGUCACCAGAAUUUGGAGUGUAUUAUGUAGAUCACAUCAAUAAAAGAGCUCAGUAUAAACAUCCUUGUGCUCCCAGUGUCCCCAGGUAUGAUCAGCCUCCCCCAGUGAGUUACCAGCCCCAGCAAGCUGAGCACAGCCAGCCCCUCCUCGUCCCUGCAAACCCCUACCACACUGCAGAGAUUCCAGACUGGCUGCAGGUCUAUGCCAGGGCUCCUGUCAAAUACGAUCACAUCCUGAAGUGGGAGCUCUUCCAGCUGGCAGACCUGGACACCUACCAGGGGAUGCUGAAGCUGCUCUUCAUGAAAGAACUGGAACGGAUUGUGAAGCUGUACGAAGCCUACAGGCAGGCGCUGCUCACCGAGCUGGAGCACCGCAAGCAGCGCCAGCAGUGGUAUGCCCAGCAGCACACCAAGAAUUAUUAAGCUAUAACAACUUUAUUUUUUGGUUUUUUGGUUUUUUUUUUUUUCCUUCAAUAGACUCUUUCUGAGGACACUUAAAAGCUUUAAAAAGGUUUUCACACUUCAAACUAUGAAAAAAGUGCUUUUGUUGAAAAGGCAGCUUAUUUUUUUGUGUUGAUGUUGCACCUUUUUUUUUUUUUUUUGUUAUUAUCCUCUUGAAUAUUUUUCUACAUGUAUUAUGUCUUGUUUAUAAGAACGAAAAACGUUUGAUAAUCUUUUUUUUCCUUACAAGAACGAGUUUAUUAUUCUCAAAGCCAGCGUGGAGUUUAAUCAGAGACUUGAUUCUGGUAUCUUUAUUUUUUUUUUUCCUAGCAGUCAGCUGCAGUAUUAAGCUGACUGCACUUUCAAAGGGCAAUAGAUGCAACUUAAAUGAAAUGUCCCAGAUACAAAACACUUGUUAAAAUCCAAAUUAAUGUUCCCUUGUAUUUCCCUCGGGACUUCUUUUAUCCCUCUCUCUCUCAAGAGAGGUCUGCUCUGUGUUUACAGCUUUACUGUGCAGAACACUGAUGCUUUUCCUCUUCAGUGACACCCAGGGCUAGGACCAGACUGAAGUGGGUGAUGCCACCACCAUCUUAAACCAAAUUGCUUCACCAACUGAAGCCCAAGUUGCCUUAUUUUCUACUUUAACUUGUUACUACUUUAAAUUCACCACUCCUUUUCACAGGAAUUAGUCAAAAAUACUUUCUCAAAGACCAAGCAAACUUUUCACAGGUUUUUUUUUAAAAUGCUGGGUAAACUACAUUUCAGAGAACAUGACCUCAUCACCUGGGAAGGCAGUGGCAUUGUCUGACCAGCUCACCAACCAGCUGUACCAACCGUGGAAGAAAUCAGGGAUGUAACAAAACUUGCUUCUUUUUUUAACAAGCUUUUGUCUUGUAUUCAAGCUUCCUGCCUUGGGGAGAGUUUUUUAAUUGUACAGUUACCCUCUCCAAUACUUUCAUUUGGUUCAUUGAUUGUCCUGAAAUGUUAUUUAUGGAUUCUUUUUAGUGCAAUAAGCAUUGUUCCAGACAAAAAAAAAAAAAUACAUUUCUUGUAAAUCCUAUUAAUUCAAUAAAAAUCAUUUUGUUUAAUGCA